AUGCGCUUCUUUAUGUCCCUCGCUGUCGCCGCCAUGGCCGCCGUCGCCUCGGCAAACAACAUGGCCAACCCCUUCAGCAUCCCCACUGAAGGUUACACCUUCAAGCCUACCACCGGCGGCACUGUCAGCCUGAUCCUGCAGUGGGGAGCCGUGAUGACCGGUAACUCCGGCACUGUCAUUGCUUCGAGCAUUCCGAACGAUGGCAGCUACACCUGGGAUGUGCCCUCCAACCUGGCCGCCCAGCCAGACUACACCAUCCGGAUCGUCUCGGACGAUGAUAGCAACAACUACAACUACAUCGGCCGUUUCACCGUCGAGGGCUCCAGCGUCUCUGUCUCGUCUUCCAGCGCCAGCUCAACCGCUGCCUCCACUUCCACCGAGUCUUCCACUGAGUCUUCCACCUCGGCCACUAGCACCACUACCUCGGAGAAGUCGACCUCGAGCUCUUCGGACAUCACCAGCUCUGCCACCACCAUGACUACCGCUUCCAGCACUGUCGCCAGCACCUCCGCCUCCGCUACCGAGACCUCGGAGAGCUCCAGCGCUGCCUCCUCCUCGGCCAGCGCCAGCGCCAGCGCCAGCUCCUCCGCAUCCCAGACUGCCGUGCCCACCACUAACGCCGGUAUCGCCAACCGUGUCUCCGGUGGCAUGCUGGCUCUCGUUGCCGGUGCUCUGAUGCUGUAA